GGGUUCGCUGUCCCGGUACCGGAGCCCCACUGCUGGUGAACCCCAUCGCUCGGUUCGGGAGCCUGGCUGCUGGUUCCGGCCACGUCAGGAUUCCUGCUUCGUGCUGGUUGUUUCCUGGUGCCAGAGCCACACAACGAGCCCAUUCAUUCCCAUCCCUGCUGGAGAGACGGGCGGCACUGGCUGGAAACCGCACUCCAUUCAAUCUAAGCUCAUAGUAUAAGGAAACUCGGGUCUCUGUCUAAAAGCACCUCUGAAAAGUUUAUAACUCAGAAACUGCAAAUAGUCUAAAUUGCUGGACGGGAAAGGCAUACGUAAUUUCGGGAAAUAAGAACCUGUAGAUUUGAGGACCAAGCCAUAAAUAAGAAUUUGUUCUUCAACUUGAACUUUGUUAUUAAGUGAAAAUGACAACAGCAGAGAAGAUCCUAGUGACAGGUGGAGCUGGUUACAUUGGUAGCCAUUGUGUGAUUGAGCUGGUCAAAGCUGGAUACGUUCCGGUUGUGAUAGACAACUUUCAUAAUGCGAUCAAAGGUGAAGGUGGAAUUCCUGAAAGCAUUCAUCGUGUGAAUCAGAUCACGGGGACUGACAUAAUCUUCCAAGAAAUUGAUCUACUUGAUGAAUCUGCUCUAAGCAAUCUGUUUAAAGAGCACAAUUUCUCAGCUGUGAUCCAUUUUGCUGGGUUGAAGGCUGUUGGAGAGUCUGUCCAGAAGCCUCUUUUAUAUUAUAAAGUUAACCUGACAGGAACAAUUAAACUUCUGGAGACAAUGAGAACAUAUGGUGUUAAAGACAUUGUUUUCAGCAGUUCAGCAACUGUAUAUGGAAAUCCCAGUUACCUGCCCAUCGAUGAGGCACAUCCCGUUGGCAGCUGCACUAAUUCUUAUGGAAAAACAAAGUACUUCAUUGAAGAAAUGAUUAAGGAUCUCUGCUACGCAGAAAAGGAUUGGAAUGCUGUUUUACUUCGAUACUUCAAUCCUAUUGGGGCACAUGAAUCAGGAAAAAUAGGUGAAGAUCCCCAGGGUAUUCCCAACAAUCUGAUGCCAUAUAUUUCACAGGUUGCUAUUGGGCGUCGGCUGUACCUGAAUAUUUUUGGCAAUGACUAUGCAACAUGCGAUGGCACAGGUGUCAGGGAUUACAUUCAUGUUGUGGAUCUUGCAAAGGGACACAUUGCUGCAUUGAAGAAGCUGAAAGAAAGAUGCAGUUGCAAGGUAUAUAAUCUUGGUACUGGAACAGGUUAUUCUGUUUUACAAAUGGUAAAAGCAAUGGAGAAAGCUUCUGGGAGAGAGAUUAAAUACCAAGUUGUUCAGAGGAGAGAAGGAGACAUUGCUUCCUGUUAUGCCAAUCCAGCUCUUGCAGAGAAGGAACUUGGAUGGAAGGCACAGUCUGGGAUUGACAAGAUGUGUCAAGAUUUGUGGAAUUGGCAAUCCCAGAAUCCUUAUGGUUUCAGCAAGAAUGAAGCAUCAAAUGCACCAUGUAACAGUUGAUUGAGCUGUUUUAGAAAAAUAACAAAUCUUUUUAAAACAUUUGUAGUAUCAAGGCUGUAGAUCACCAGUAAUAAAAUACUGAGUAGAUUCUUAAUCUGUUCUGGUGGAGGAUGGUAUGAACUUAGACAUCUAUUAAAUUUUAAAAUUGA